AUGGAGCCAACUCCCUCAAGGACCACACUGCACUGUGACUUCUACCAGCCAGACCUGCUCAAUCAACAGCGGGAGGAGGCGGUGAAGGAGGCCCUAGGCCACCACCUGGAGGUGGCACCUCGGCGAGGCCUCGUCCUUCACUGUGCAGAUGCGAAGCUUUCAAGGACACGUCUACACCGGCCCGGCGGGGGUGCGUUCCUCCGCAGCCCGGCCCGGGGAUCCUCGCCCACUCCCGCCCCGCCCCCACACUGCGGCGCCGCCGCCACCGCCACCCGGCUCCCACGGCCCGCAGCGGGGGCAGGGAGGAGCCGGGCGCGACGCCCCCCCUCCACGCCGUUCCGCCUGGCCUCCGCGGGAGCGUGCGCCCCCCGAGCGGGCACGCUCCCCACGCGCGCGCCCCUCCCAGGCCCGCCGGCGCCCCGCACCCCCAAGCCACAGGUGGCCGCGGGAAGAUCGCGACGCCGCGCUCCCCGGCGCGGGCCCCGGUCGCCCCUGGGCCCUGCCGGGGGCCUCCGGGGUCCCCCCCCGCCGCGCGGAGCCUCCAGGCCCGGGGGAGGGGCGGGGCGGGGCGCGGGGCCCGGGUCGUGCCAGGCUGCCAUUUUCUGCCGUGGCCACGGCGCUCCCCGGCCGCCCGCGCCCCCUCCCCCUCUCCCCCUCCCCUCCCGCCGCCCGAUUCUCGGUCCGGUCCGCACCCCGCAGCGCACGGCCGCAGGCCCCGGCCGGGCCCCCGGGCGGGGGCAGAGUCCGGAAGGCGGAGGCGGCGGGGCCCUGCGGCAGCGCGCGUCGGGCGGCGCGCAGGCCGGCGGAGGCCCCCCGCGGCAUUCCCCGCGCGCCGAGUUGCGGGGUCCGAGCCGCGCUCCCCACCGCCUUGCUGCGCCCUCCCGCCCGCCCGCCCUCCCAGCUCCGGGGCCUCAGGCCGUGCUGGUUACCGUGUGGCCCGGCGGGUCGGGCGGCCCGGCUCGCCCUGCUGCCGCGGCGCCGCGUCCCGGCUCGUCCUCUGCUCGCGCCGCCGCCCGCGCCGCCUCCCGGCCCGCCCGCUGCCUGCCGCGCUCCCUCCCUCCGUCGCUGUCGCGCUCCCUCUCUCCGCCUCCUCCGCCGGGUCCCCCCCGCCCGCCUCUUCUCUCCGCCUUCCUCCUUCCCUCCCUCCGGCCGCCCGCCGCCCAGGCCUCCGCCCGCCGCUCGCCCCCCGUGGCCGCGCUGGCUCCGGCCCCGGCGCUGCGGAGCCGCCCGGGAGGCAACACCGGGGGCCCCGGGGCGCCGCGGCGGGAGCGACCCGAGCCGCGGGCGGUCCUAGCGCCCCCGGCGGGAGGAGCGGGUUCGGGACCCCGCCGCGCCCCGGCUGCAGCGCUCCGGGCCGGGCACCUUGCCGGAGCUGCGAUCCCGGCCGCCCCAUGCCCCUCAGGUGGUCCCCCGGCCGCAACCUCCCCACCUUGCGGCGCCCCUCUACCUGGCGCGGCUUCUGCGCUGGGUCCCCGCAUCCAGCACUGGUCGCAGGGACAGCUGCCCCUCCUCUCCCGGGCCGGUGUCAAGUGCCUCCCCCCGCUGCCGCCCGCGGAGCCCCCGGCGGCCUUCGCCCUGCAGUUCUCCCGACCUCCACCAGAGCCCACUGCGCUCUCUCUGCGCGCCUCAGCACUGGGGCUGGGGACAGCAGCGCCUGCCCAGCCGCGUCGCCACCCUCAGCCAGGUGCCGCGGUGGCCAGACGGCUGCACACGGCCAAGGUCGGAGCGCCUGGCGCCUCGAGGCCAUCCUAG